AAAUUAUUAUUUUGAAGGCGCUAGAUCUGGGGACGGGGAGGGGGAGGGGGAGGGGGGGGAGAAAUCGGAAACCGAGGACAACCCAAAAGGACUCACUUUGCCUGAUGACUCAACGCAACUAAUAAUCAUCUCCCUCUCAGAGUCUCUCUGCGGCUUGUCAGUGAGUCCGGCUCUGGCUGCUGGCAGCGGCGGCCGCGAGGGGAGAGGCUGGAGGUGACAGCUUGGGCGGCCGGCACGCUUCCUCCGGCGCGCGGCCCCGGGUCCCCCCGCGUCUGCUCGGCUCCGGGUGGCACCGGCCCCGCGGCUCCAGCCGCGCCUCCUGGCGAGUCAGAGGCCCUGGAGCCGGCAGCCACCGCCGCCGCCGCCGGCCGGUCCUCAGCCCUUUCUCUCCAGCACGGGUCUCCUUCCCGAAGGUGUGAAAAGGCUCUUUCAGCCUCCUUCCCCCUCCACGUCCCCUCCCCCGCUCCCUUGGUGCCCCUUCGGAGGAGCCCUCCUUUCCCUCUCCUCCUCCUCCUCCCCCUCCCCCGCCCCCCAUCAUCAUCAUAACAAGCAUCUCCGCACGAGAGGAAGACACCCUGACCCAGGACCUUAAACGUUAGGACCUGGGGAGGCGGAGAGGGGCCGCAGGGAAGAGAAAAGGAAGACUUAGGGGAGCCUGCACAGCCCAGCACCAGAAACUUUUCCAUCCUGGAUUCUCUACUUUUGCUCCAUGGACAGAGCCCCAGCCAGCCAAGUUUCAGGCAGACCGUGAGCAGUCCCUGCGCGUUUUAUUGCGACCUGCCGGUGGGAACUUUGUCUCCGAGUCGGAGCAGCAUGGAGCGGCGGAGCGAAAGCCCGUGUCUGCGGGACAGCCCCGACCGGCGGAGCGGCAGCCCCGACGUCAAGGGGCCUCCCCCGGUGAAGGUGGCCCGGCUGGAGCAGAACGGCAGCCCCAUGGGAGCCCGCGGGAGGCCCAACGGCGCCGUGGCCAAGGCCGUGGGAGGUUUGAUGAUUCCGGUGUUUUGUGUGGUGGAGCAGUUGGACGGUUCUCUUGAAUAUGACAACAGAGAAGAACACGCUGAGUUCGUCCUGGUGCGAAAAGACGUGCUUUUCAGCCAGCUGGUGGAGACGGCACUCCUGGCCCUGGGCUAUUCCCACAGCUCUGCUGCCCAGGCUCAAGGAAUAAUCAAGCUGGGGAGGUGGAACCCUCUCCCCCUCAGUUACGUGACAGAUGCACCCGACGCAACAGUGGCCGACAUGCUACAAGACGUCUAUCAUGUUGUGACGUUGAAAAUCCAGUUACAAAGUUGUUCAAAGUUGGAAGACUUGCCUGCGGAGCAGUGGAACCAUGCCACAGUGCGCAAUGCCUUAAAGGAACUGCUCAAAGAGAUGAACCAGAGCACAUUAGCCAAAGAAUGCCCUCUCUCCCAGAGUAUGAUUUCAUCCAUUGUAAAUAGCACAUACUAUGCCAAUGUGUCAGCAACCAAGUGCCAGGAGUUUGGGAGAUGGUAUAAAAAGUACAAGAAGAUUAAAGUGGAAAGAGUGGAACGAGAAAACCUUUCAGACUAUUGUGUUCUGGGCCAGCGUCCAAUGCAUUUACCAAAUAUGAACCAGCUGGCAUCCUUGGGGAAAACCAACGAACAGUCUCCUCAUAGCCAAAUCCAUCACAGUACUCCAAUCCGAAACCAAGUGCCCGCAUUACAGCCCAUCAUGAGCCCUGGUCUUCUUUCUCCUCAGCUCAGCCCACAACUUGUUAGGCAACAAAUUGCCAUGGCCCACCUGAUAAACCAACAGAUUGCCGUUAGUCGGCUCUUGGCUCACCAGCAUCCUCAAGCCAUCAACCAGCAGUUCCUGAAUCACCCGCCCAUUCCUAGAGCAGUUAAGCCAGAGCCAGCCAACUCUUCUGUGGAAGUCUCUCCAGAUAUCUACCAGCAAGUCAGAGAUGAGCUGAAGAGGGCCAGUGUGUCCCAAGCUGUCUUUGCAAGAGUGGCAUUCAAUCGCACACAGGGAUUGUUGUCUGAGAUUCUGCGUAAGGAAGAAGACCCUCGGACAGCCUCUCAGUCUCUUUUAGUAAACCUGAGGGCCAUGCAGAAUUUCCUCAAUCUGCCAGAAGUGGAACGAGAUCGCAUAUACCAGGAUGAAAGAGAGCGGAGCAUGAACCCCAAUGUGAGCAUGGUCUCAUCAGCCUCUAGCAGUCCCAGCUCUUCCCGAACCCCUCAGGCCAAAACCUCGACCCCGACAGCAGACCUCCCUAUUAAGGUGGACGGCGCCAACGUCAACAUCACAGCUGCCAUUUAUGACGAGAUCCAACAGGAGAUGAAAAGGGCCAAGGUGUCUCAAGCCCUGUUUGCCAAAGUGGCUGCAAAUAAAAGUCAGGGUUGGCUGUGUGAACUGCUCCGCUGGAAGGAGAACCCAAGCCCGGAAAACCGCACUCUUUGGGAGAACCUGUGCACCAUCCGCCGCUUCCUGAACCUCCCCCAGCAUGAGAGGGAUGUGAUCUAUGAGGAGGAAUCAAGGCAUCACCACAGCGAGCGCAUGCAACAUGUGGUCCAACUCCCACCCGAGCCAGUGCAGGUUCUCCACAGACAGCAGUCUCAGCCAGCCAAGGAGAGCUCACCUCCCAGAGAAGAAGCGCCUCCCCCGCCCCCUGCGGCCGAAGACGGUUGUGCCAAAAAGCCCAGGUCUCGCACAAAGAUCUCCUUGGAAGCCCUGGGGAUUCUCCAAAGCUUUAUUCACGACGUAGGCUUGUACCCCGACCAGGAAGCCAUCCACACCCUGUCGGCCCAGCUCGAUCUCCCCAAACACACCAUCAUCAAGUUCUUUCAGAACCAGAGGUACCACGUGAAACACCACGGGAAGCUGAAGGAGCACCUGGGCUCGGCGGUGGACGUGGCCGAGUACAAGGACGAGGAGCUGCUGACCGAGUCGGAGGAGAACGACAGCGAGGAAGGCUCCGAGGAGAUGUACAAAGUAGAGGCUGAGGAGGAAGGUGCCGACAAGAGCAAGGCAGCGCCAGCAGAGAUCGACCAGAGAUAAUGUGAACUGCCCUGUGGCCAAGCAAUACAUCACUUCAAGGAUGUUCUGUUGUAGUUCCUU